UAAAUUUGAAUUAAAUAAGUUAUUUAUUUAAAAAAGAUAUAAAUAUAUACGAAAUGGGUGAUAAAGCAGUGAAAUUCGAGCCGAUUACUCACGUUAUUUUCGAUAUGGACGGUUUAUUAUUAGAUACUGAGAAGGUUUACGAAUCGAUAAUAAAAAAAAUUGCUUCUAAAUACGGGAAAGAAUACACUUUGGAGGUUAGGUCAGAAUUAACUGGGAGGACUCAAGUGGAUUCUGCGAAAAUUGCAGUUGAAAAAAUGAAAUUACCUAUCACCAUCGAUGAGUAUUUAGAGCAAUAUCAUCCGUUGUGUAGGGAAUUUUUACAAACUCCCGAUUUAAUGCCAGGUGCCGAAAAAUUAGUUCGUCACCUUGCAAAACACAACAUUCCAAUCGCAAUUGCAACAUCGGGGAAUGAAUGGUUAUCGAAAAUAAAAACCCAAAAUCACGUAAAUUUAUUUUCGGAGUUCCACCACACGGUUUAUGGAAGUUCCGAUCCCGAAGUUGUCAAUGGGAAACCGGCGCCGGAUAUUUAUUUGAUUUGCGCUUCGAGGUUCCCGGAUAAUCCAAGCCCGGAUAAAGUUCUUGUUUUUGAGGAUGCCCCAAAUGGCGUUGAGGGGGCUUAUAGUGCUGGUAUGCAAGUCGUGAUGAUUCCGGCACCGGAAGUUGAGGAGGAAUUAAAGAGACAUGCUACGUUGGUUUUAACAACGAUGGAAGAUUUUGUUCCGGAAACUUUUGGGUUACCUCCUUAUGAUGAAUGAAUUCGUUCAUUUUUUAAUUUAUUAAUGAUUGUUGGGGUAAAAAAUUGU